UUAGAGGGGGAGAAUUUAAACUGCAGGACAAAAGCGACCGUUUGGUAUCAAAACUAACUGGUUUUAAACCGUCCUCUCCCUGCCUUAUCGUUUAGACUCUUUAAAUUCUUUUUCGAACGUGUCACUGAGGGAUUUCGAAAUCUCGUCAUUGGCGCAUUCGUAUUCUAAACGGUCAGCAACACAGCUUUCUUCUUCGGGUAAAUAUUCUGCAAGUAUGGCUGGGCCCGUGCCAUGUUCGUUUGGUAUCGUGCAUUUUUCUGUGAUACCAAGAAUUUGACCAGUCGGGGAACGAACAUGGAUGGAAGCGGAGAGUGUGCAGCUGAUGUACGGGGUAUGACAUGGUUCGACCCGUGGGAUGGGAAAGGGACGAUGUCCAGCCCGUCAGAGGAGACAGGAGAGGAACUCCCCGUGCUACAGUUGACUAACUUUGCUGUCACACCGAGGAUUGGAUUUGGCGUUGUCCGAGUUGGUGAAACCCAGACGAGGAAACUACUUCUCCAUAACCCUGAACCGUUUCCUGUCACAGUAGUGGUGGAAAAACUUCCACGAGCAAAAGGUUAUUCUGUUGACCUUACUGAAGUUGAGGUGCAGGCUGCAGAGGACAUUGUUGUGACCCUGCAGUGGACUCCUGGGGAAGAAUGUAACUCACGGGCACUGCUGGGCCUCAAGCUGGACAACGCAUUCCGGCUGCAUGUCAUCCUGUAUGGAAGGGCUGUGGUGCCAGUGGUGGGCAGGCAGAAGCGUGCCAAGAGGAGGGUGCGGCCAAGAGAAGCAGUCAGACAGGGGAGUUCUGUGGCUCGGCCAGGCCCUGAUGCUGCUCCUGACACAGAUGGGGAAAAUAUCCCUCCAGAUCAGCCGGACAUUGGCAAUGGUCCGCAAGUUAAGCAUAGCCACUCUACUGACACUUCUGUUGAACAAGGCAACAAGCACCCAGAUGUUUCAAUGAUCAACAGCCAUGGCAGCACAGAUGUGACAAAACCCUCAUCUGUACAGAAGUCCAAACCCGCAUCUGUACAGAAGACCAAGAGGAUUCUACAGCAGUCAACUGUCACUAAAAGAAGGCAAAAUUUUGGAAAGUCGUCAGAGGAUGUGCGUAUCAAAGCAGCCAAGAAAGAACUUUUCUGCCCACCCAACUCCGAUUCAGACCAGCCACAGCAACAGUUAACCAACAUCCAUAGUAGUGGUUCGUCUACCAAAUCAGGGGUGAGAGUUCAAAGUCAAACUCAAGAGACACCGUUAGACCCUGGGAAGCCUCUGGUACUCAGAAGUGCUGUUAGUAAGAAUAAAGUGAUGGCGGCAAAUAAACAUCCACAGAAAGAGUUGGUGAAGAGAGGUGAUACACUGUCCAAGAAGUCACAAGCAGUAAAAGUCAAGUCAACGCAAGUCAAAAAUCAAGUUGGAACUUCUGGAACUACAAGAUCCAAGCCCAAAGUUGCAAAGUCCAAGCUCUGCCUCGUCAACACCUCCAAAAGGCAAGAGUCAGUUCCAGCUCACCACUACAUGCCAUAUGUAUCAAAGAACAUGUAUUAUGAUGAGCGUUGGAUGCAGAAGCAAGAGCGAGCAUUCAUCCAGUGGCUGAACUUCAUCCUCAUCCCCAACACUAUGGUGUCCCAACCACGGAGGAAUGGAACAGCUGUGCAGAUGUGUGAGUAUGCUGUCCUGUGUAACCUGAACCAGCUGCGGCGUGCUGCGUGUCUGCUGUUCCAGUCGGAGCCCAUGGCCCGGGUCAUCCACCGGCUGGAGGAGGAAGUAGAGACUGGCAGACUUCAGGUUCGCGCAGACAGACACCUCCAUGCUGACCAAGGAAUUCGUCAGGCUAUCCUGGACAUGCUUCUCUCCUACAGUCCAUUAUGGCUGAGGAUAGGACUGGAGACCAUAUUUGGAGAGGUCCUACCACUACAGCACAAUGAUGAUGUGGCUGGGCUGUCCAGGUUCCUCCUGAAUCGAGUGCUGGGGAAUUCAGAUAUUGCCCAACAGUUCAGCCAUCCUACCGUUCCUCACAUGUACAAAACAGGCUAUGCUGCAGCCCUUGCAAAGUUCACUCUGAAGAAGUUCCUGACUCUAGUGUUCUUCAUGGACAGGGCCAAACUUACCCGCCUGAUCGACCAGGAUCCGUGUCUGUUCUGCAUUCAUGCCAACAUCAAGUCCAGCAAGGAACUGUUGCUUACCUUCUCCCGAGAGUACCUAAGUGGGGAGGGGGAUGUGACCCGCCACCUGAGCUUCCUGGGGUACAGUGUAACACACCAGCAGACAGCCCUGAUGGAGAUGGACUACACUGUUCAGAACCUGGCCACUGAUCUCAGGGAUGGACUCCGCCUCAGCCGUGCUGUAGAGCUUCUCACGAAGAACUGGACUCUGUCCUCCAAGUUACGAGCCCCUGCCGUGAGCAGACUGCAGAAAAUCCACAACACUAAAGUAUCACUGGAGGCUCUUCAGGAGGCAGGAGUGUCAUUGGAUACAGGACUCCGUGGAGGGAAGAUUGAGGCACGAGACAUUGUGGAAGGUCGGCAGGAGAAGACACUGGCACUGCUGUGGAAACUCAUCUUCCACUUUCAGGUUUGUAUGGAAGUGGAGCAGCUACAGCUGCAGAAGGAGGUGACUUUGUUAAGGAGAGAGCUUCAUCUACGGAGAGGAAGAGAUGUGUGGUUGGAGAUGUAUGGACCUGACUGUGGAGAGACCACUGACCAUGAAAGGCUCCUGCUACAGUUGUGUCAGGCAGUUUGUGCCUUCUACAACAUCAGGGUUGAUAAUUUUUCGAUGUCCUUCUCUGAUGGAAGAGUCCUGUGUCUGUUGGUUCAUCACUACCUUCCUGAGCUCCUACCUGUGGAGGAGAUCUGUAUGGACACCACCCAGUCAUACAUCACUAACUACACUGGUCAGGCUGGCACAACACAGGCAGAGUGUCCAGAAACUGACAAAGACAGGUUGAAGGAGUUACUGGCCUAUGAGAAGAACAACUUCAAGCUUGUGAAUCAGAAGGUUCUGGAGCUGGGAACAAUUCCACCAUUGCUGUGUGCAACAGACAUGUCCAACACUAUACCUGAUCAGAAGGUUGUCAUGGCAACAGUGUCCUACCUUUGUGCACGUGUCAUCAACCUGAGUCAGAAAGUUCGUGCUGUCCGCAUCAUUCAAGCCGCAUGGCGCAGGUACCACCCAAAGCCUGCUGUCGGAGAAUGGACAGAAGAUGUUCAAACAGCCACCAUACGUCUACAGGCAGCAGUCCGUGGUAUGAUUGUUCGCAGAUCGCUCCAAACACAGCACAAAUCAGCCACCACCAUCCAGGCUGCUGUUAGAGGAUGGACAGCAAGACAGCAGUACAUGAAACAGCGCCAGGCAGCUAUCAUCCUGCAGCAGCAAGUCAGAGCUCAUCUGAAACGUAAGACUGCCCAACAGAAAUAUCAGCAUGUUCGAAGAGCAACCAUAUGUCUACAGGCAGCAGUUUGUGGCAUGUACGUCCGACGAAGGCAAAAGCAGGCCCAGUUGGCUGCUACCAAGAUUCAAGCCUGUUGGAGGGGACAUCAGCAGUUGAUCAAAUACAAGGCUAUCAAAUUAGCUACAGCCAUAAUCCAGCAGCGCUUUAGAGCCUUCAAGUUGAUGCAAGAGAAGCAGCAAAUUUUCAGGUCAUGUAAAUCAGCAACCAUACGUCUACAGGCAGCCGUUCGUGGGAUGCUUGUACGCAGAUCGCUCCAAAGACAGCACAAAUCAGCCACCAUCAUCCAGGCUGCUGUUAGAGGAUGGACAGCAAGACAGCAGUACAUGAAACAGCACCAGGCAGCUAUUACUUUGCAGCAGCAAGUCAGAGCUCAUCUUGCACGUAAGACUGCCCAACAGAAUUAUCAGAAUAUCAGAAGGGCCACCAUAUGUCUACAGGCAGCAGUCCGUGGCAUGUACGUCCGACGAAGGCAAAAGCAGGCCCAGUUGGCUGCUACCAAGAUUCAAGCCUGUUGGAGGGGACAUCAGCUGUUGAUCAAAUACAAGGCUAUCAAAUUAGCUACCACCAUAAUCCAGCAGCGCUUUAGAGCCUUCAAGUUGAUGCAAGAGGAACAGCACAUGUACAGGUCAUUGAGGUCAGCAACCAUACGUCUACAGGCAGCCGUUCGUGGGAUGCUUGUUCGCAAAUCUCUCCAAAGACAGCACAAGUCAGCCACCAUCAUCCAGGCUGCUGUUAGAGGAUGGACAGCAAGACGGCAGUACAUGAAACAGCGCCAGGCAGCAAUUAUACUACAGCAACAAGUCAGAGCUCAUCUGAAACGUAAGGCUGCUCAGAUGAACUAUCAAAAUACUAGAAGGGCCACCAUAUGUCUACAGGCAGUAGUUCGUGGUAUGGUUGUUCGCAGAUUGCUCCAAAGACAGCACAAAUCAGCCACCACCAUCCAGGCUGCUGUGAGAGGAUGGACAGCAAGACAGCAGUACAUGAAACAGCGCCAGGCAGCUAUCAUCCUGCAGCAGCAAGUCAGAGCUCAUCUGAAACGUAAGACUGCCCAACAGAAAUAUCAGCAUGUUAGAAGAGCCACCAUGCGUUUGCAGGCAGCAGUCCGUGGUAUGAUUGUUCGCAGAUCACUCCAAAGACAGCACAAAUCUGCCACCACCAUCCAGACUGCUGUUAGAAGAUGGACAGCAAGACAGCAGUACAUAAAAAAGCGCCAGGCAGCUAUUAUACUACAGCAACAAGUCAGAGCUCAUCUGAAACGUAAGACUGCCCAACAGAAAUAUCAGAACAUCAGAAGGGCCACCAUACGUCUACAGGCAGCCGUUCGUGGGAUGCUUGUUCGCAAAUCUCUCCAAAGACAGCACAAAUCAGCCACCACCAUCCAGACUGCUGUUAGAGGAUGGACAGCAAGACAGCAGUACAUGAAACAGCGCCAGGCAGCUGUUGUCCUGCAGCUGUACAUCAGAGCUCAUCUGAAACGUAAGACUGCACAACAGAAAUAUCAGCAUGUUCGAAGGGCCACCAUAUGUCUACAGGCAGCAGUUCGUGGGAUGCUUGUUCGCAAAUCUCUCCAAAGACAGCACAAAUCAGCCACCACCAUCCAGACUGCUGUUAGAGGAUGGACAGCAAGACAGCAGUAUGUGAAACAGCGCCAGGCAGCUGUCGUCCUGCAGCUGUAUGUCAGAGCUCAUCUGAAACGUAAGACUGUUCAACAGAAUUAUCAGAAUAUCAGAAGGGCCACCAUAUGUCUACAGGCAGCAGUUCGUGGCAUGUAUGUCCGACGAAGGCAAAAGCAGGCCCAGUUGGCUGCUACCAAGAUUCAAGCCUGUUGGAGGGGACAUCAGCUGUUGAUCAAAUACAAGGCUAUCAAAUUAGCUGCCACCAUAAUCCAGCAGCGCUUUAGAGCCUUCAAGUUGAUGCAAGAGAAGCAGCAAAUUUUCAGGUCAUGUAAAUCAGCAGCCAUACGUCUACAGGCAGCCGUUCGUGGUAUGAUUGUUCGCAAAUCUCUCCAAAGACAGCACAAGUCAGCCACCGUCAUCCAGACUGCUGUUAGAGGAUGGACAGCAAGACAGCAGUACAUGAAACAGCGCCAGGCAGCUAUCAUCCUACAGCAACAAGUCAGAGCUCAUCUUGCACGUAAGACUGCCCAACAGAAAUAUCAGCAUAUUCGAGGGGCCACCAUACGUCUACAGGCUGGAAUCAGGGGGUUCCUUGCCAGACGGCAACUGAUGAAAUGGAUCCAUGCUUCCACAGUCAUUCAAGCUUCAUUCAGGUGUUUCCUACAGAGGAGACAUUACCUCUGUACCAGAGCAGCGGUGUGCCGUCUGCAGGCUGCUGUUAGAGGAUGGACGGCUAGAAGGACAUAUCAGCAGGUCAGGGUACACCACCGGGCUGCUGUUGUCAUCCAGAGCACGUACAGGGGUUUUGCAACACGCAAAGUUUUGCAGCACUGGAGAGCUGAGCAACAGAGACGACUUCUACACUUCAGUGCAGCUGCCUAUCAUCACCUGGCAGCAGUAAGGCUGCAGCGCUGUUACCGACGGUAUCUGGUCUGGCAGAAGGCAAAGCAGCAGCUCAAAGCUUUGAUUACCAUUCAGGCAUCUGUAAGGGCUUGGCUUCAGAGGAAGCACUAUCUCCAGCUGCGACAAGCUGUCUGUAAGCUGCAGGCAGCCGUGCGCUACCAUCAGAAGCAGCAUCUGGAUGCAGCAGUGGUGUUACAGUCACACUUCAGGAUGUACCUCGCCAAGAAACUCAUGAUCCAAAGGAAGAAAGCAGUGAUUACCAUGCAGGCAAUAUGGCGAGGUCGUCAUGUAAGGAAGAACAUAAAGAACAAGCGCAUCAGAAUUGCCCGUGCCAAAAUCCUGGCAGCCCAGAGAGCUGCCACGGAGGAUAAGAAGUUGUGCAAUAUGACUGCAACUGCCUUGAACCUGCUCCUCAAGUACAAACAUCUGUCUACCAUACUGGAUGCUCUUAGGAGCAUGGAGGUGGUGACCCGUUUGUCUGCUGUGUGCUGUGAGCGGUUAGUACAGGGUGGAGCUGUACAGGUUAUCUACACCCUGAUCCAGAGCUGUAACCGCAGCCUGCCGUGCCAGGAAAUUAUCAAAUAUUCCAUCAGCAUACUGCUAAACCUUGCUAAGAACCCAGCUACUGUGGCUGCUGCUGUAGUACAGGAGGGAGGAGUGGAGACACUGGUCAGUCUCAUGGCUAUCUACAGGGAGAAGGAUGAUGUCAUCUUUGGACAGACAUGCUUACUUCUGACAUUGUUCUGUAACAAUGCAGCCUACCAAAAGGAGGUUCUGAACAUGCCCUCGGUGACUCAGAAGCUGCAGAGCUUGUAUCGCCUUGUAAAGCGGAAGGCUGGAAUGAGCAGGAACAAACAGAGAAUGGGCAGUCAGGAGGACAAGAGAAGGACUUCCACUGCCCUGGUCCAGAUGGUUCAUCAUAUCAAGCCAGCAUGGAUCCUUAGGAAAGACAACAUGCUUGAUGUGCCUGAUCCACUACAGGCUGUUCAGCUGGUACUAGUGACAUUAGGUCUGUAACAGGCAAUGGUGUAGUACAAGUCAAAACUUUUAUGCCUUUUUUUUUUUGUAAAGAUGAUUAACCUUUAGAAACUAGUUAGGGGUACAUGUACAGUGUUUGUAGAGUUUGUUUCUUAA